AAUUUAGUUUUUGUAAAAUAAUAGAAUAAUUGAAUAUUCGACGCGAUCUUAAAUAAGUAUUCCUAAAGUUACAAUAAUGCUCGAAGAAAUCGAAGAAACUACUCUUGAAGAACUUAACGUAGAAUUUUUUGAGUUUUUACAACUAAAUAAAAAUGUAAUAAGCAUAAAACUUUCAAAAGAUAUUUUUGAUGAGGAAUCUAUACCUUCAUACUCCUCACUGUUAGCCGUCUCUAAUUUAUAUGGUUAUUUUGUGGCAGGAACAUCUAAAGGAUUUAUUUACGCGUCUACAAAUAAUUUACGCAAAGCUUUUGAAGAAGCUUCAAACGAACCAUUUAAUCAAAGAAUUCAUAUUGAUAUACCCAAAGGACGCGUUCAUUUUUUGAGGUUGACAUCAGAUCAACUCACUAUAGUCGUUGGUAUUGAAGAUGGUCAAGUCUUAUAUUACGAUGUUAGCAAAUUUUCAACUAUGUCUUCUGAAAUUCAACCAUAUCAAACUAUGAAAUUUUCGGAUAAUAUCAUGGAUAUUCGUCCUAAUCCUGGAGAAAGGAAUAAUGUUAUCGCAUUCCUACUUGUUUCAGGCGUUGUAUUUAUUAAAGAUUUUAUUUCAAAUGUAGAUAUCGGUUCCAUACAAAAUUCUAAAAUUGGCGAUCAAGUUACAGCUAUAUGCUGGUCACCAAAAGGAAAGCAAUUGGUUUGUGGUAGUCAAUCUGGAAAACUUGUCCAAUUUACUCCUGAGGGAAAUGAAAAAGCUGUACGUCUAGCACCACCAGAAAUACAGCAGCCUGCUCAUUGUGUUAGGAAUAUUCUCUGGCUAGAAAAUAAUAUAUUUAUAGUAACAUAUUAUCCGGUUGUUGAAGAUGAAACCUCUGAAUACGUAGAAUACGUUAUAUCAUACGAGAAUAAAGAGAAUAAAUUAAAGACUGUUUAUAGUAAAGUUCAAGAUAUUUGUUAUCCGAGUAAUGGAAACGAAAGGACCUCUUAUUUCUUUAUGGAAUCUAUUAAGGAAUGGGGACCGGAUUUGAAAAAUGUUGUUAUUGGUGCCUGUGCAAAUUCUUCUGAUACAAAUAUAAUUGGUCGUAAUGAAACUAAUGGAUGGUCUAGUUGGAGUCUUUCAGAAACUGCCCGUGCGAUUCUUCCAAUUUCAGAUAAUGAGACAGUACCUAUUGGAAUGGCACUUGAUCUAUCUUCUACAGAUAUUUGGUCUACGAAAUUAACGGGAGACGAAGAAAGUGAAAUACCACCAGUUCCCAUUCUUUUAAUUUAUAAUAACGAAAGUGAAGUUUUGGCAUAUCAUUGUUUCCAAAAAAAUGCAUGUCAAAACGGAACAAGUUACUCCGGAAUGACAGUUUCAAUACCCAUUCCUGCUACCGGUCCUUCAGAUGCCAUUACUACCGGUCCAAAAGAUGAUAUUACCACCGGUCCAAAAGUUCCUAUUAAUACCGGUUCAAAAGUUCCUAUUAAUACCGGUCCAAAAGUUCCUAUUAACACCGGUCCAAAAGUUCCUAUUAACACCGGUCCAAAAGUUCCUAUUAACAUCGAUCCAAAAGUUCCUAUUAACACCGGUCCAAAAGUUCCUAUUAACACCAGUCCAAAAGCAGGUCCAACAGCAGCUGUUAUUAAUACAGGUCCAAAUAUGUUAGGAACUAUCCCUGUUAGCGCACAAACUUCUAUGACUUAUGUGAACAAUAACGUAUCUGCUCCUGUUAUUUCCUCAAAUAUACCAAAAAAUAAUUUUUCUCCGCUUGGUCGUCCUAACUUAAUGAAUAAUACUACAAUUGCAACUAUGGGUUCCAACUCUCAGAAUACACCUUCAAAAAUAAAUCAAACAAGUCCUACAGAACUCGACAUUAACAGAGAAAGAUCACCACACGAAAUACGACGAGUUGCGACCGAGAAAGGCAUUCAAGAAGUAUGUGAUCAAUCGUUUAUUUUUUAUUUUUAUACCUGUUAUUCAUAAUAAUUUCUCUGUCCUUUUUAUUUUAGGUUCAAUUUUUAAUCGAUGAUAUCGAGGAAAAUUACAUAGCAAAAUAUAAUGAACGGACAAAAGCGAACAGCCUUGAAAAUCCUAACGAAUGGUCGAUUGGAGAUUUUCCUAUAAUAGCACAAGAGACCAAGCGGUUGGA